AGCACAGUUGAGUUGCCUUGCACUGUUCUGAGAUGAAGUGACCAGUAACGUAGACAAUAGGACCAGAAACGGCAUCAGCGGAACAAAAGAUAAAAAGACCUUUAGCUUACACGACCUUUAUUUUGAGUGUAGUUAAUAUUUUCAGAGGAAGACCAAGCAUGUCUUACGGGUUCCUUCAAAUUUAUCCUUCAUUGUUAAACAAGAUAAUUAAAAAAAUAAUGUACGAGCACCCGGACAUGGCUUGAAACAGCGCACGAAUUAUCGCACUAAAUCAGCCAUGGGUUUAGAGAUGACUCCAAGUUGUCUCAAGUUCUUCAAGCUGUCUGUUUUUGCAUUAAACAUCAUCCUGUGGCUGGUCGGCACAGUUGGUGUAUGUAUUGCAAGCUUCUAUCUGUUCUUGACGAUGGAAGUAGCCAAUGAAGAGCGACCAGAAUCUUGGUCUGAAGGCUUCUCAAGUGCCGAGAGCAUGCUUCUUCAGGCUCGCGUUGUCAUGUGUAUCCUGGUAAUUGUUACCGGCUCCCUGGUCAUCAUUAUCGGUUUCCUGGGGUGCUGCGGCGCAGCCGCGGACCACAGAUGUUUGCUCGUAACUUAUGCCGGUCUUCUAGGAGUUGCCAUGGCGGUGCAAGUCAUCAUUGUUGGUGUCGUCAUCUGGCAGAAGGACCAGGCACCGGGCAUCGUCGAAGAGCUUGUUCUAACCAAGAUAAGAUACUCCAUGGAUUAUGACCACGCUGACUGGAAGCCAAUUCACGUGGCUCAGCGCCAGAUGAAGUGCUGCGGUGUGUACUCAUACGGUGAUUACGUUGCAGUGAAUCAUUCGGUACCAUUGUCGUGCUGUAACUCGUCCCUGACCACAGAGAAGGACUAUCUGGCUUGCAACAGUACGAUGGUUCACCCGCACACAUUGAAAAAUGUGUCCAUGAUCUUCAACCGCGGUUGCGGCGAAGUGAUCAGAAGCAUCAUCUCUGGCUACGCCAUUCUCGGGUUUGUUGUCAUGACCGUUCUGAUGACGAUCCAGUUGUUGGGCUUCAUCUUCGGCUGCAUCGUCAUCAGGAGCCUGAGCGACUGGCUGGCUCCGAAGCCGACCCAAUGUCCCAACCGAUCCGCGAGCUACACGCCGGCAGACGCCGUGCAGCCCUACCGACCGGUGCCUCCGGCCUACGAGAAUCCCAGCCGGCACUCGAGUGUGGGCGCCCUCGGCGCGGCACGCUGACGCUCGUCCAUGGACUUUCGGUGGUGUCCUCCGGCACCAGGCUGUGCGCGAGCUAGCAGCGGUUCGGUGGGGUCCGAAGCUUCCGAACGCGUCGCCUUUCGCCGGUGCGCGACAUCGCAACGGUUGCGGCACGCUCCGCUGACCUCUGUCAAGUGAGAGUCGGCACACGGCUCGAUAAUGUCACUUUGUUCUCUGAAUGUACGUUGAAUAGCGAUUGCUAUCCAGUGAAGUCGAGUUAGUUCCUAGACGGCAUGCAGGUUGUGGGCUGCACAUGAGCAGCACAUCGAUUUCUGGGUUUUCCUAUCACUGUUGACACUAGGCUCUGGUAGUCACUACUUUCACUUAAUGCUCUUCAGGGUUGACUAACAGAUGUAUCUGGCCCGUGUGCAUGGUGAUGAUAAAAAGUUGUAAAAAAGC